AUGGAUGAGAACGUUAUGAAGAAAAAAUUUGAUGAUAUUAUAUCUUCUAUAAUUACACAAAAACGUGAUGACAACAAAGCGUUUUUAAGUUCAUCCGAAUACGACUGUCGUUUGGAGAAAUUAAAAUCAUCAAAGUUGGCUUUAAAUACAAUUGGUAUGAAGAAGACAAUAAAAGAUUAUAGAAUGGUACGUAUUGGUAGAUCACCGUAUGAAGCCAUGUUCGGAUGUCCAGCAAGAGUAGGAUUAGCCUCAAUUGGUAUUCCAACAAAUGAAAUUGAAUGUUUGUGUACUGAAGAGGAUAUUGAAUCAAUUCUACCACAAAAUAGUGAUGAAGACACUGGAAAUAUUUCAAGUCUAAGUGAUGGAUACUGUGAAAAUUAUACUAAAGAUGAAGCAAAACUUGUUAACGAGCGACAAAACAAAAUAACGAACGAACGAAAAAAAUCAGUCUCAUGUUUGCAGAAACAAGCCGUAAAGAUGUUAAAGUCAUCAUCAUCUCGAUUUGAUCCACUCGAAAUAGGUUCAACCGUUAGAGUAUCGAUACCAGAUGUAGAUCGUGCUCGCGGAGCUCCGCGUAAUUUAUUAGCAGUCGUUUUAGAUGUCGAAAAUGAUCUUUACAAAUUAGGUGAGUACCCUUAUAUAAUAUUUUACAAAAAAUGA